AUGUAUUUAUAUUCUUUUCAAAAUGAGGAAAAGAAAAAAAAAUUUAAUGAAACAAUUAUCUCCCGAACUUUUCGUUGUUUCUGUCUCUCCCUCACUUCCUCUACAUCUGGGGUUUGGGCAUCAAUUUCUCCCCAACACACUCAAUUUAACUGUACAUCACCUUUCCUUCUUCACCAGUACAGCAAAAAAUAUUUAAAAGGGUUGAUUUACAAGAAUACAAGUCCAUUUUAUGACUUGAAAAAAUUGAAGUUGAUGGACCACCAAAAAAUUCGACGUGAUUUAGGCGAGGGAGAGCCUAAAAGAAUAUCUACAACUGUUUUCAACUUGCUUACUCCAUUUUAUGGACAAAAUGUUAAAUUUAAAGAGGGAUUAUUUGAGAAAAUAACAUUAAUAUGUGCAUUGCAUGGGAUAUGGGUAUGUUUAACAGUUGAUGAAGCAAAUGGAUUACAAGCAUCAGAAGCUUUAUUAUGGGGAUUUCUGAUUGAUUUCACCACAAUGACCUGUGUUAGAUUAAAAAUACCGUUUACUUCCCCUAUUCUUAAUAGGAAUGAGAAAUUGUUCACAUUUUGCCUCAUCAAUAGUAAAGCAGUUGAAAUUGGUGAAAUAUGUGGCUAUUUUCAGAAAGUACAUUAUUUAUUUCAUUUAUGA